AAAGAAGAAUCUCCUACGGCUACUUGUAAGGUAUGUGUAUGUGACUAUCGGGAAGACACAAAUAGGUCGCAAGUCAGGUUGGAGUACAGGUCACUGUGCUACAGUAAAUAAACAACACUACAAGUGUCUACUAGCCCUAAUCACAAUCCGAAAUAGAGUAUUUUAGCUUAAGGGUAAACUGCCUAUCUAAUAGUUAACCUGCACUUGUGACCUGUGACCUGUGUUUUGUCCCCGCAAUGGGACCAUAACAUUGGAACACAUACUCAAGAGAUUUUAUAAGUUUUGACACUUAACGCACAUACAUUUAAAUAAUACUGGAGACAAACUUUUGAUUUUUUUACUACUCAUGCGUUACAUGGCGACAAACACAUAGUAAAUUGAGUGUCACCAAUGAAUUCCCUCAUGUAUCAUAUAAAGGUUUUAAAAAACUGCACAGGUUUUAAAUCUGCCAGUAGCUAUAAGAAUUGUGAUCAGUAGAAGUUUCUUGUUACUUUGUCAAAAUCAAAAGCUUGCUGUUGUCUGGCUUUAACUGGCAAGGUAGGAUGUUGUGAGCUUUUCUGUUGUAUCCACAGGCUUCUCAGAGUGCAUCAACACCAGAGCAAAAAAUGAUCUGUGGGCACAUGGGUUAUAUUUCUAAAACUGUGCACUUGUGCAAGCAUUAUUUUUGAGUUAAUUUUUUAUUGUUAUUUUUUAUUAUUAAUUUAGAAUAAACCUAGAUCAACAAAAGAGUGCAAAAGGCAACCUGGAAUCAAAGAGAUGUUUGUGAAAAGGUGAGGGUACUCUACAAACUUACUAAGUAUUAGACUGCUGCUAAAACAAUAAAUUAUAAAAAAGCACAUGAGGACUAAAGGACUGAAUCUUCAAAGGAGUCACUUCCCUUAAGUUCCUUGAUGUUCCCAGAAUCAAUUCUACCUUAGCUGGUUAAAAAAAACCCUGACUUCAGAUAACAAAAUGUGUGAAAACUAUGAGGUAAAAUCCCCAUUGAAAAAAAAAAACUGGCUACCCUGCUAAAAAUUUUGAUUAAGAGAUAAUAGUGCCUAAAAUCCCAGAUGAGUGCUAUGGUCAUCCUGCCUAAGAUCCUGGGUGAGUAAUUAUCAUUGUCCCUCCCAAGAUCCCGGGUGAGUAGUGUUGUUACCCUGCCUAAGAUUCCGGGUGAGUAAUAUGGUUGUCCCACCUAAGACCUCAGUUAAGUACAUGUAGUAUGGUUAUCGCGCAUAAGAUCCAGGGUGAGUAGUAUGGGUAUCCUGCCUAAGAUCCUCGGUGAGUAGUAUGGUUAUCCCACCUAAGAUCCUGGGUGAGUAGUUUGGUUAUUCCGCCUAAGAUCCCUGGUGAGUAGUAUGUUCAUCCUGCCUAAGAUCCCUGGUGAGUAGUAUGUUUAUCCCAUCUAAAAUCCCAAGUGAGUAGUAUGGUUAUCCCACCAAAGAUCUCGGGUGAGUAGUUUGGUUAUUGCGCCUAAGAUCCCAGGUGAGUAGUACAUGUAUGUUUAUCCUGCCUAAGAUUUCAGGUGAAUAGUAUGUUUAUCCUGCCUAAGAUGUCAAGUGAAUAGUAUGGUUAUCCCGCCUAAGAUCCUGGUUGAAUAGCUCACUUAUCCCACCUAAAAUUCUUUGAGAGUAGUAUGGUUAUCCUGCCUUAGAUUUUGGUGAGUAGUAUGUCUAUAUAUAUCCCCAAGAUACUGAGUUGUACGGUUUUCCCUCCUAAGAUUCCGGGUGAGGAGAGUGGUCAUCUCGCCUAAGAUCCAGGGUUAGUAAGUAGAAGGCACAAAGUGUAUUUUUUAAAUCUUAAAUUGAAAUUGCAUAAAACCUGAAAUAAAUUUGCAGCUCGUUAAAAAGAAAGCAGACGGAUGAUGGAAACGCAUGUAGCAGUAGCAGUGAGGGGGAGUCAUUAUCGUACAACUGCGAUAAUGCUGAAACUGGAAAAGUACGUAGUAAUAUUCUUUCUCUCUCAGUACUCAACCAGAUACUAUCCAAGAGCAAGUAUUCAGGAUGAUACAUUUAUAUUAGUUAUCAAGAAGAAAAUAAGGUAGUCAGUGGAUGAGUCAGAAUACGUCUUUGUCUCACUAAGGUUAUCUUGAACAUUGUUGAUCCUAGCAAUUUGCAGGAUGCUCAUAUAAUUCCAGUAUACUCUAGAUGGCUUUGCUUGCCAUUUGUUUUUCUAUUAAGCACAGUUGAGAGAGGGUCUGACCACUAGCUUUGGAUUCUUGGAUUGGAUGCUGCUGGACUCUUCAGUUUUCUUUGCCCCAUCCCAGUGCCAUGAUACACAUGAUGUUAUCCUAAGAAAGUAAUCAGAGGAGCACUCCCAAAAAGUUAUGAAGUUUGAAACCCUUAUAAAUGCUGAUACAUACAUGUAUAAAGAUUUUGUGCAUUAACAUUAAAGUAUUUCAAAAUGGAAAGGAAAAAUUAUGUAGGGAGGAUAAUCGCUGGACUCAACAAAAACCAUGGUUUUUACUGUCCCUUCUUUAUGCUAGGACAGGCUUUGAAACUAUGACCUGCUUGUUCAUUGUUGUGGGUGUAUUCCCUUGGUCUCUGUUUGGGCUGCAGCUAGUAGCUGUUAGCCUUAUUAAGUAAUACAAAGUAAGAUGUUUUUUCGAUACACAGGAUGUAAAACGUCAACGACUGUUGAACGAUAAUGACGAUGAGAAGAAGACAGUGGAGGAUACAGGAAAUGAGAGGUGAAUUUCCACUUGUCACCCUCCACCUCCUGUUGUUUUUAUUUUGACAUAAAAGCCACACCACUCAAAGCCUUUGUCAGUUCUUGGAUUAUAGUAUUUCUUUCUCACAAUGUUCCUUCUUCAAAAUUUCCUGGAUCCUCAUGUUUCUAAGAACUUUAUUCUGAUGAUUAGUUAUUUUAUAAAAAUUUUUUAAUCAGGUAGCAAUGGCUAGUUGAGGCUUCAAUAUGAAGUAUAUUCAAGGGUUAAUUUUACCCGUAAUCAAACAUGCAUUGUUGUUUUAUACCAAUUAUGGUACAUCUGGUAUCUUCUAUUGCUAUUUGAAGACUUGCUUGUCAGUUGAAAGAGUCACUUGGAUAUUCUUUUGUUGUAGGUAUAGCUAAGAGAAUCGUCUGAGACAACAAAACCUGGGAGAAGAAAAAUACGGUACCAGUUAAAGUUAUUUUGCUUUUACCUUUAUACUUGUGUUAUUGACAAUUAUUUACUUUUUUAGCCUGGUAGACUGUGCUAACAGUUUUUAUCAACUGUAGCCAUGAUUCAACAAAGAUUAAUUAUUGGCUAUGAGCAAUCAGGGGGAUAUAAUAAUCAUAAUUAUUUGCUUUGAACCCAGUAUAAUUUCAGGCACCGAUGGACACUAUUUAUCACAUAUGAAAACACCCGAUAUUCAAGACCUGCAUCACUGCAUAUGAAGUCGCAAGACAGUCCGUUGAUAAAGUCCUAGAUUGGACGGGAUCAGGUCAAACCCCGUAUUUUACUAAAUGAAGAAAGGUUAGGAAUAGUGGUUUUAGGGCUGAUCCCAUUUGGUCCAAUCUAGUUUUGCCAACGGCCCAUGUCUUGCAGCUGUAAGUAUAGGGUGAUAUCAAUCUUCAACAUAAUGAAUAAUUUCAUAUUACAUGGAAUUCUGUACAAUGUCACUCACUUCAUCUUUUACAGCCUCCCUGCCAAGUGUAAGGAAAUGUAAGCAGCUGUUAACCAGUCCUGACCUAAGGCUCUUCCUGGUGACCGUGAUGAUGAUGUAAGUUUAAAAACAUUUUUUUUUGAAAGUCCACAGUAAAAAAUAUUUAAUUAUUUAGCUAAAAUAUUUUUACAUUUUGCUGAAAAUCCCUGCAACACCUGCAUUCAUGACUGAUCUUACAACUGACACAUUAUUCUUUUUUUAGUUUGUUUUUAAAAUACAUGUACCACAGUCCCUUGUAGAGUAUUUCUUUCCUACUGAUGGUUCACCCUUUUUUAGAACUGCCCACCUUGGUUACCUAGCUGUUCAUACUAAAAGAGAAUGUGGCUUCAUUUACACAAAUUUGUUUCUUGCAUCACUUUAAAAUGAAGACAAAAAGCAUGUCAUCUAGUUGGUAUUUCACUUAUACUAGGAAGAAUCCACUUUUAAAUGACUGUUACAGACGUAUAUCACUAGAUUUUGGGCACAUUGAUCAGUGUCAAGUGAAAAGAUAUCUUCCAAUGCUAUUUUACUAACUUUCAAAAGAGAAUUUAGGGCUUCCUUUUUCUUAGAGGUGCUGGGAAUUUUUCUUUUGGUUGAAAAAGAAAAGUAAAUUUAAUAGAUGAAAUUAAUUAAAAUACAUAUUUCUGCCCCGUAACAUUUAGUAGGCAUUUCCAUAUGUACUGUAUUAUGGUGCUCUUAAAAUUAUAAAAUGCUUUGUCCAUUAGGUGGAGGAGUUUGUAG